CUGAUACUCACCAACAGCGAUGAGCCAUCGCCUGGCUUCCUUCAAGGGCCCUUCAACUCCAAACUCUUCCCCUGUGUCUCCUAAAACAACCAAGUCCCCAAAGGCUCGAUCUAAUCAAAACACAAACUUCCCCCAGCCCUCGCCAGUCCCUGAUUCUCCUUCGCGCGCAGUUGAAUCUACCUAUCAUCGCAAGAUACGUACAGCUCUGUACGAACUGCGUGCUUUGUCCGAAACUUGGGACGAUCUAGCCGUCGUCGACGGGCUGAAAGCCGCACGUGCGCUAGUCGAUGGACGGACGGAGCUCGAUAAUGCGCUGACCGCGAUUCCCGAUGGGCUGCCUCGAUCUCGACUCCUUGGACCAAAGAUAUCACAGAUGGAAUUGCGUCUGGUCGAACUCAAUGUGGUUUUGAAGAAACUGGCGCGUUCUCUUCGAAUUUCUUCUGCAACUAUUGGAACUUAUGCUGGCUUCGUGCAGCGUGCAAUCUUUCGGCGCAUGUGCGCGACAAUCGAUGGCCUGGAUGCAUUGCUAAUUGAGGCACAUCGAACCAAGGGCGCACAAUGGACUACGCAGGAACCCCUCUGGGUGACCUGGUCUAUAGACCGCUUCGUAUCAACAUUACCAAACGUUCUUAUUCCUUACCAUCGAGCACUGCACGCGUACGCGGCCCUCGUCGACACUCUCCGGAAUCAUGCUCUUCCAUUCGACGAAGCGCGCAAAGCGAUCGCAGACUGGUCUGAGCAGACGGGAUUGAACGAUGAUGGGUGGACUGGAACAUGGGAGGGAUUGUGUGCUGCCGAAGUUGGGGGUUGGGACAUCUCGUACCCCCCCUCGUUCUCGGAUUCUGUUCGAGAGCACGACGUCUGUGAAUAUCCGGUCGCCAACUAUGACAAGCUGCUCUGGGCGCACGGGAUCGCGGAGCGAGGAAAAGUUCUCCGAGUCUGCAAACUUACUGAAAGUAUGCUCCAGACCGUUGCACGAGCUUGCAGCGGUAUUCGUUUUCGGGCGGCCUCGAGCUUGGGGCAUCCGUUUGCAGUGCACCACCUGCCUCUUGUCCAUCGACGGCUCUAUGCCAGCAAAGAGAUCAAAUCCACUGCUAGUUUCGUGCCCGGCUCGAAGCAGCCUAUUACGGACGAGGCAGCGCGCGCAGAAUACUCUAAAGCAGAAGAAGCAAUGAAAACAGCAGUCACUUGGUACCGGAAGCAGUGCUCUGCAGCUGAAAGCCGCGUCAUGGGACGUGUCACGCCGUCCAUGCUGGACUCCGUCAGAGUCAAGCUCCCUGGUGGCGACAAAGACUAUCGACUCGACGAGGUUGCAACUAUCGGCGUGCGAGAUGGGUCCACGUUGAUGAUCACGCUUUUCGAGGAAGAGAACCUGAAAUUCGUGGAAAGCGGUCUGUACGACUCCAAAUUGCCCAACGUCGUUCCCCAAAAGCACGACGCGCGCACGAUCAAGAUUCCCAUACCCAAACCUACGGUUGAAUCCAACGCCGCCCUGAUAGCUGCAUCCAGUCGCCAGGCCGAAGAAAUCAGAGUCCAGAUCAGAAAGCUUCAUCAGACUAGUCUGAAACGAGGCAAAUACAAAAAGCACUCUAUCGAGCUGGAAGAAUUUCAAAAGCUGUCCGACCGAUAUGUCGCUGAGGUUGAGAAGAUCGUGGCAGACCUCAAGAAAGGUACUAGCAGUGGAGGGAAGAGGAAGUAGACUAGGACUACAUAGACAAGUCUGCACGUACCUGCUACUACUUGGAAUGAGA